AUGGUGCAGUUGAGUCCUCGACCUUAUCAAAACAACGGCGAGGCACAUCCGCUGCUUGAAACUCGAUCCACAUCGCUUACUCAACCGUUGGUUAACAUCCGCUUUAGUAAAUGGAGCGUUCUUGCCAUUAUCUCGACUCUGAUAUUCGCCGCUGCAGUCUUUGGCAUCUUCAAACCAAGCAGCUCGACGAUGAGAAGUGCGACGACCGUGCCGCCUGACGCCAAAUUCGACCUCUUCACGCCAAUCUUCAACGCUGAAGCUCCGCCUGAGAAUCUCUUUAAACACACCGACGAACAGAAAAAUUUGCUGCCGCCCAAGUUCCUCGCUUCUGGUAUCGUGGGCUCACGUCCUAUUCCGACUAACGACUGGUGGGGCAACAUUAUCGGAGCCACUGUUGGAGAGACUCAAGUCGUGUAUCCCGUGUGGACGAACCCGUACAGUGUAACGCCGUCUCUCUUUAUGGAGCCUUUCGGUCUCACGAUGAACUACCCGUUCACGACCCGAUUAUUCGGAGGAGGCUUGAGUGGCAAUGGUGACGCUGAAAUGUGGUACAUUCACGGCCAAGUGCCUGAGUUUACGUUCUCCGCCACGGAAUUCUCCAACUUGUCGCAUCCAAUCUUCGAGGUGUAUGACUGGGACGAUCUCAGUGUGCAAACUCGUUUCUUAUCGCGUGAUGACUCCUCGAAGAAGUUUGAGGCGACACUUGCAAGUGGCAUGGCAUUCAUCACGGCUCGCUACUCGGGUCUUACCCCGCGCUUCCAGACAAUGUAUAACAUUUCAACGAUCAAUGGCUUCGACUCCACUGAGAUCUUCAACCGCCCUCUUACCAACACCCGCUAUGUGCUCCAGUUUGGCAAUGAUGCCACCUGGACGCUUUACUUUUCCAAGGAAGUUACGCUUCAUUUUGACGGUCAUUCUACGCUUGACAUGAAGGAACCUUUCCACGGAACUGCUCGUGUUGCACUGAUCCCUGAUGCAUCUGCGCAGGAGCAAAACUGCUUUGAUCAAACGGCAAGCUGCGUCCUUGAUGGAGGCCGUGUUGAAGCCCACAACGAAAACGCCUAUGCAUACAAGUGGAAGACCAGCGGUGACUGCACGAACGGAAUGCUACAUUACGCCCAGGUCCAUCAUGUCGACACUCUGGAUCGUAGAUUUGCAGAGGAGGCUGAUGGUGUUGCUGCUCAUUCCACCACACGUGGACUGAUGCAAGGUGUAGUGACCAAGACUUCACCACCCGAGUGGCGCCUUGUGGAAUCGGUGGACUUCCCCGUGGACUUCUACCCCCCGCGAAAACCUAAUGCGAAAGCAGUCGAGAAGUUCGAGAUGAAGAAGCACUUGAUCGCCGACAUCAACUCCGAGUGGACGAUCGCUUUGGGCCAGAGCUAUUACUUUAACGGCAAGGCUGCACAAAAGUACGCUUCGCUUUGUUUGAUGGCUGGGGAUCCGUCUAUCGUUGGCGAAGACGACACCGAGCUAGUUUUGCACUGUGUGAAAAAGCUGGAGGGCGUGAUGAAGCCGUUCCUCAAGAACUUGUGGACCAACGCACUAAACUAUGACACUGUCUACCGCGGCUUGGUGAGCUCACAGGGUUUUACUCUCAAAGACCCGAACGUUGACUUUGGCAACACCAUGUACAACGAUCACCAUUACCACUACGGCUACUUUAUCGUAACUGCCGCUAUCAUCAACAAGCUCGACCCCACUUGGUCAGGAAUUCCGGAACUCAACCGCAUGGCAGGAUUUUUGAUCCGCGAUGUCGCGAAUCCAUCGGACGCAGACCCGUACUUCCCAAAGUUUCGCAGUCUUGAUUGGUAUCGCGGUCACUCGUACUCACACGGCAUCUCGGCUCUCGCAGACGGGAAGGACGAAGAAAGCACGUCCGAGGACAUGAACUUCUACUACGGCAUGACGCUGCUGGGCAAAGUGACGGGUGAUACCCACCUUGAAACUGUUGGUAAGCUCAUGGUUAAGCUCAACGCCCGCGCUAUCCAAACGUACUUCCUGAUCGAAGACGGCAACCGAGCUCACCCGGAUCGUUACCGUGACAACAAGGUUAUGGGCAUUCUUUUCGACAACAAGGUGAGCUACGCCACGUGGUUUAGCGGUGAGAAGUACGCAAUUCACGGCAUUCAAAUGCUUCCGGCCACGGCCGUCACCGAGUUCGUGCGCACACGUGAUUUUGUCUUGCAAGAAUGGAACCAGGUUUUGUCUCGAGAGUCCAUUGUCCAGAACGAUGAGCAGACCAAUCCAUGGCUUUCGCUUCUCUACAUGAAUUACGCCACCAUUAACAAAGAGUUUGCGCUGGAAAAGCUGAGCACUGUGACGAUGGAUGGUGGCCUCUCGCGCUCCUGGGCCAUGUACAUUGCAGCCACCCGGCCGUAG